GUAACUUCCCACAGCGAAUCAAGCUGAGUACCUUACCUAAUUUAAGAGCAAUUUAAAUGACGCUAGCAGGUACCUCUAAAGCCUCCGUCUUGCUUUUUUAACGUGAUGCACUGGCUAAGAGGUACAAGAGCGGAUCUUUUGAACAACAGCAUGGAUUCGUACAUGUACAAACGAAAUUACCUACAGAUCACAUCUAGGAAAAUCGAUUAUCCCCGCCAAUCUUGGUCCACCUAACCUUACCUUAGCAACUCGAUUAUGCGACUUUUGAACCAAUUUUCUAAACCUUGAAUUGUUCAAGUAUCUCUGAACAAUUGGAUCCAACCGUCCUACACUCUCGGCGCAGAACCAAUUGUUCGAGUCUCGACCUCUCCUAUACAGUACAGUACAAGGGAGGAUAAAGGUUUUUGGGGUUUGGCUUCCGGGUAACGCGCCAUGGGUGGUCAAAGGCAAAAGCUGCCUGGUAGGGUGUACCAGACAGUCACAACGUUGCUAAACCACCGAAUCUAUCCGAAUUUUAAAGUCCAGGAACCGGUAUGGUAUAAAGUGGUUGAGUCGAUACCUCCAUCCGAAACGCUCACGAGGCCACUCCCACCUCAGCACAAGGUACCGAAUCCCAAGGCGCGAAGGCCGAGUAGAUUAUUUCAACCCCAAGAACUAGUGUAUGAAGAGGACGAGCUACGAAGAACAUUUUACAAAGACCACCCAUGGGAGCUAGCGAGGCCGAGGAUGAUAAUCGAGAUGGAUGGGAAAGAUGCGCAGAGAUACGAUUGGUCUAAAGGAUUAAUACAAGCGGGGAUGCCCUUGUGCGGCGAAUGUGUUGUUCAACGUCAGCUCUGGAUGAUGUACAACGUACCGGGCAUAACAAAAGAGCAGGCGUAUGACGCGGCGAGGAAGGAGUUUUACGCAUUGCGACAACAAGAGGAGGUCGAGCGCAGAAUAGCCAAGGAAGAGGCUCAGAUGGUGGGCGCAUAUUUCGGCAAGUCAUUCCUGCAAAUAGGUAUGGAUCUAGAAGACAAGCAGUACGAGGAAUGGAAGAAGUGGGCUGGCAAACAGAUCGAGGAAGUCCGGGCAGAGCGUGAUUCGGCUUACACACAUUACGGCGAGGAGACUAAUCCAGAUGAUGUUGAUAUGGAUACGAUUGCAGAACAACCAGAGGAGGUUGUUAUAGAACAGAAACAAGUCUAGGCAAAAGACCUGAAUUAUUAAGUGUAUUAUUGUACCGCCAAGCCCUCCUCAGUCGACUUCACGACUCUCGGAGCCAGUGAAUGGGGGUAAUUGUAUUACAAAGUCCUAUAAUCCUCCACAAAUGACGCGCGCCAGAAUUGACGAUGGGUAUCUUUCUUUUUUUUUUUUUUCUUUUUUUUUAACUACGACUCCUCGGGUAUCAACUCCUUCAACUGCUCGAUCCGGAUCAGGUAGGUUUCCCUAAUUGCUUCAAUCCUCAAUCGGUCUUCUGCGUUCGACGCUCUGCCGAUAAGUUGCGUCAGAAGGGCGCAUGCUUCUUCAUAGUAUUUUUGGGCAAAGGUGUAAGCUUGAGUAUUAUCGAGUUGAACGGCGGUAUUUGCCUUGGCGAGGGCCGUAGCCAGCAUUGCCUUUGACGACGGCAUCUUGAUGAAAUAUUAGGUUUGUAGUUGUAUUUGCUUUAGGUAAUUAUUAUUAUUAUUGUACAGAGUAAAAGGAACGAAAAGAAAAGAGUUGAAAUCGAAAUUGAAAAAAAAAGAAAAGAAAAAAAAUGAGAGAAGGAAGUUGCUGAUGAAUAUCAGACGAUAUACCUACCUCAUACCUACCUGCCUUAUGUAUGGUACCUACCUACCUUAUAUGUACUUAC